AGGAGCCACACUUUGAGUACUGAAGUCAUUAUUGCUUGGAGUCUAUAAAAAGGCAGUUGCACAGUAAGUAAUUUAUACGUGGUCAGCUUUGACUCUAUGGAUUUACUAAUUCCUUUCCCUCUAUUAUUUUUCAUCUUUUGCCACCGAGGAGUCCCCAGCCCCAGAUGUCAGGGGGGCUGAAACUUCAGACAAUGAAGAGGAAAAGCAGCUGAAGGAGCAGCUCUGGUAAAUAGGCAGGAUCUUCUGCCUUUGGCAAAAUGCAUUUACCACACUCCUUGGCAAGCCCCUCAGAAGGAACAGAACGUGUUAGCUCCCAGAGAUGAACACAUCCUCUCAAUUCUAUGUUUCUGAACUAAACCUGAGUGCCUUCAGUAGCAACUUGACUCUGCCUACUGCAAAGAGCAAGUCAUUGCCAUGUGAGCAAGUGGUCAUCGCAGCUGAGGUGUUCCUAACUCUGGGCAUUGUAAGCCUCCUUGAAAACAUCCUAGUCAUAUGUGCAAUAGUUAAGAACAAGAACUUGCACUCGCCCAUGUAUUUUUUUGUUUGCAGUUUAGCAGUGGCUGACAUGCUGGUUAGUGUGUCUAAUGCUUGGGAGACCAUAACCAUAUACCUAAUAAACAAUAAACAUGUCAUUAUGGAAGACGCCUUUGUCCGUCACAUAGACAAUGUCUUUGAUUCCAUGAUCUGCAUCUCUGUGGUGGCUUCCAUGUGCAGUUUGCUGGCUAUAGCAGUAGACAGAUACAUCACUAUCUUCUAUGCCCUGCGUUAUCACAACAUCAUGACUGUGAAAAGAUCAGGGCUUAUCAUUGCAUGCAUCUGGACCUUUUGCACAGGCUGUGGCAUUAUCUUCAUCCUUUAUUAUGAAUCAACUUACGUGGUCAUUUGUCUCAUCACUAUGUUUUUUACCAUGUUGUUCCUCAUGGUCUCACUGUACAUCCACAUGUUCCUCCUGGCUCGUACUCACGUGAAGAAAAUCGCAGCUUUGCCCGGGUACAACUCUGUCCGUCAAAGAACCAGCAUGAAAGGAGCCAUCACUCUGACCAUGCUUCUUGGCAUCUUCAUUGUUUGCUGGGCUCCAUUCUUCCUCCAUCUCAUCCUGAUGAUCUCCUGCCCACAAAACCUCUACUGUGUUUGCUUCAUGUCUCACUUCAACAUGUACCUCAUUCUCAUUAUGUGCAACUCGGUGAUCGACCCCUUGAUCUACGCCUUUCGUAGCCAGGAAAUGAGGAAAACCUUCAAAGAGAUCAUUUGUUGCUAUAGCCUGAGAAUGCUCUGUGGGUUAUCCAACAAGUACUGAGGUAACAAAACCAAACCUGGGAAGAGAAUAGGCAACAUCUUCCUGCAUCCUGUAAUUCUGGUGAAAUGCCUGUGGAACAUUUUCUCCAUUCAGCUGUUGUGAUUCCCACAGCAAUCAGAAGCCCUUUCUUAACAUGUGAUUUUUCAUUUCUUUCCCUCCACACACCUCUCUCAUGCUGAUGGUUGGAGCUACUCAGUGCAUCUGUAUUAUGGGGAUAAAGAAUAUUUUGAAUCUCACUUACCCAAUUGAAGAUUGGAAUUUAUAAGAGGAUUAUACAGGGAAAACCUUAUUUUUAUUUCUGCUAAAUGCAAUGAGUGACUUCUGCCAUGUGAAUGAACCAAUGUGUGUCUCAAUGUGUGUUUCUUUUGGCGUUAUUUGUCUCUCUAGAUUAAAAAAAAAAAAAAAAAAAAAAAAAAAAAUCCUCUCUCUAGAUAAGAACAAGCAUGGCUUAUUUGAUGCCCUGAAUUAACAAAGAGGUUAUUUGCUAUUUUCUUCUGAAGACAUAAAAUCAGAGAUGUAGUUCCAAAUACCAAGCUCCACAUACCUUGGUCAGCAGUUAUGAUCAAUAUACAUGCACAUAUUAGCAGCCUUGUAUUCCAGUCAUGACUGUUACUGUCAUAAGCUACAUGUUGUGUAAGAAGCCAAUGUUACCAUGAGAUUUUCCAGGCUGGAUAUUGCACUUUCUUAUUUAUGACUAUAUGUUUUCAAACCACUGUGAAACAAGAUGUACCACAGGUGGAUUUUAAGGCUAAAUUUGAAGACUGAGCUGAUUCUUUAUUUGUCAGGGCUGGGGAAGCAAAGGGUACACAGCCUGUAGAUAUCUGUGUAGUGUUUUGUGGAGAUGGAAAGACUGAGUGAGUGGCUGCCUUUGUAUAGACAUUAGAAGAGCCUAUUUGGCUGUGAAGACCUUGUGUUACUGUAGAUUGCAUCUUUCAAGUUGGGAGAGACAAAACAAGUUUGAUAAUCAAAAGGCAAGUCAGAUGAUGGCAAAAAAAGGGAUUUCAAAACAUCAGGCACAUGUAGCUAUAACAGAGACCUGACUUUUGCCCCCCAAACAAACAGUUUUCCUCUUAAUUGGGAGGAUUCUAAGCUGAAACCCUCAUGCCUUUUAUGUGAGUAACUUGCAUCUAGUCAUGCUUACAUAAACCUGCUGUUCUGCAACAGCUGUGUAAUGUGCAAAAUACUGGGCUUACAAAAGAGGGGGGAAGUGCAACUGUGGUAUUUCUUGAUGACCAUGAAUGGUGCAUAUCUUGUGGUGUGAUUCAAGUUAUGAAAAGAUUUUAUGUGGUGGUAAACUCCUGACUAGAUCUCUGAAUAGAUCUUGAAAAAAUGAACUCUUCCUUCUGAAAUCUGGAAGAAUUAUGUUUGUUUCACUUGGUUUAUACAUUCUGUAAAACUCUUGUCUAUCAAUAGAAGGUUUAUGAUUUAUUCCACAAGUGUUAGGUUAUACUUUCAAGGUGAAAGUUCUUAUUGGGUUUUAGGAAUUUUUUUUGUCAUAAGGGUGGUCAAACAUGAGAACAGUGCUCAAUGGUUGUGCAAAAUCCAUCUUAGAGAUAUUUAGGGCUUGACUGGACAUGGUCCUGAAAAAUCUGUACUAAAUUGGAAGUUGACUCUAACUUUGAAAUUGACCCUGCCUUGAAUCACUAGGAGCGGACUACCUUCACAGGAGACUUCCAACCCAAAUUAUUCAGUCUUUCUAUGACACAGUUUGCAUAUUAUAAUAAAAAUUAUAUUUUUUUCCCUCCUAAUUUUAUCUCUGGUUAAGAAAAAUUGGAAAGUAUUCUCCUCUGCACACUUACAGCCUACUUUAUGUCUUCAUUUGCUUAGCAGGUCUCUGACAGGAGAAGUAAGGUGCACCUUUAGCACCAGUUAUACAUUUUGUCUGCUUAAAAUUUACUAUUCCCCUAGCUCACAUAUAUCUCCCUAUGACAUGAGUGGGAAUAUUCUUCUCAGUGGAGAUACCUUAUUAUGCUGACUGAUACACUGAUUAUAUCAAUGCACUAGGGGCUGGAGUCUUCCUUCAGCUAUAUCUGAAAAUGGGAUUUCAGAGAAUGUUAGUGGUCAGUAGUGAGUCUUGCCUUGUUUCAGUCUCUCUCUUAAUUCUAUCCAUAAAUAUACUCCAGAUGUUGACUCUUGUAACUAUGAAUGUAAAUGACAAAAGGAGACAGUUCCACUGCGUAGUGAAAGGCACCAGCUGAUGUAAAUAAAUCAUUAAAUCUUCACUGGGUAUUGCAAAUAAGACAAUUUUGUACAUAACUGUAAAUCAACUAAGGGGGAAUCACAACUGUAAUAGCUUUAGGUAUUUUCUUGAAUUGUAUAUCACUCUUUUGUUUUGUUUGAAGUCUGAUGUAUAAACACAGAUAUAUGAAGAAACUAUUAAACUGGAUUGCUGGAAACCCCCAC